AUGUAAUAACUGAAUAGCAACGACGAAACUUCUUCAAUCGAUGAGAACAUUUCUAAAUAUUAUCAAAUAAUAGAGUUUAAAGGCAAAGGAGCUUAUGGGAUAAUUUGGAAGGCAAUCGAUAAAUAAACAAAGAAAAUUGUUGCUUUGAAAAAGGUUUUUGACGCAUUUUCAAAUGAUACAGAUGCACAAAGAACUUAUAGGGAAGUGAUAUAUCUCUAGCAAUUGACGUAACAUGAGAAUAUUGUGAAAUUGCUGCGUGUACAUAGAGCUAUGAAUAUGAAAGAUCUUUACAUGACUUUUGAAUACAUAGAAUCAGAUCUUCAUAAAGUAAUCCGAGCGAAUCUCCUAUAGAUAUAGCAUGUUAUUUAUAUACUCUACUAAUUGCUCAAAUGUCUAAAAUAUAUUCAUUCAGGAGGAUUGAUUCAUAGAGAUUUGAAGCCUUCAAAUAUAUUGAUAGAUUAAGAAUGCAGAAUAAAGUUAGCUGAUUUUGGAUUGGCAAGGCUGGCAAGUGAAAUGGAUGAAACAGCAGUGAUGACGGAAUAUGUAGCCACACGAUGGUACAGAGCACCUGAAAUUCUGUUGGGAUCUCCUUUAUAUUCAAAGGCUGUGGAUAUGUGGAGUGUGGGAUGCAUUCUGGCAGAAAUGAUAAUGUGCAAAUCCCUUUUUGCAGGAUAAUCAACUUUAAAUUAAUUGGAAAAAAUUGUAGAAGUAAUUGGUAGACCUUCUCAAGAUGAUCUAAAUUAAAUCAAUGCUCCUUUGGCUGAUAAGAUCUUUAGGGAAAUUUAAAACUCAAGAAGAAGGCCCUUAACAUAGUUUAUCAAAACACAAGAUGAUAUAAUAGACUUCAUUCAAAAGUGUCUAACUUGGAAUCCCUAUAAAAGAAUGACAAUUGAAGAGGCCUUUUCCCAUUCUUUGUUGAAUGAAUUUAAAGGAUCAGAAUCUGAAUUAACAUAUCCAGGUUAAAUCAAAAUUGAUUUGCCUGAGAAUGUUAAAUUUGAUAGAAAGAAAUAUCGAGAAAUCCUAUACAAAUUGGAUAUCAAUUAUCAAAAAUAGCAAUAUAUAAGAUCAUUAAUUUAGGAAGAUCAAAUCCCUACGACUCUGAAAAAUAACAAAAGAUUUCCUCAUUAGUACUAAACAUAAUUCAAACCUGUAAACAAUGGAAUCGAAAUGAGAUAAGUAAGAAAAUCCAGAUCUUCUAUAAAAUAACACACUCAACCACAACAGUAUCAUUCAUAAUUAGAUAUCUAAAAUCAAAUACUGAUUAGUCAAUCAUUACAAUAGUAGAAUUAGUAUCCUACUAAAUAAAAACAAUUGCAAAACAGAAUUAAAACUCUACCUGAAAAUCAUGUUGAGAAAAUAGUUCCUAUAGAUCCCAAAAGUCCUGUUAGAGGCAGAUAUUUUUCAUAAAAUAAAAUACCUUAACAAACUCAGAUGGUUACAUCGACUACUCCUACAAGGAGCAAAUCAAUGAAAAAUAGAAAGUAUAAUGAUUCUUUGGAUUUCAAUUCCUAUCUUAAUAAUAGUUCCACAAUGUAAAAGUUAUUGACUGCUUAUUUGAAUCCGAAAAGACCUACUUAAUACAAUUUCAAAAAAAUUGCCAUCAGAAACAAAACUAAUAUGGAUAAGACUUUCAUAAAAAAGCAUAUUGCAUCAAUACACAAUAUAGAUGCUGCUAGUGUGAUCUCCCUCUUAAAAUGA